CCAAAGACGUCGCUCAAACCUCGACAUAGACCAUAUUAGAGCGUCGAAUAUCUAGCAAAUAUGCCAAUCGAAAUUCAGCCGGUGUUGGAGAGCGAUCUUCGGCGGUGCGCCGAGAUUGAGAAACUGGCAUUCUCGGGGAGCCCACUUGAACCAGUCCUAUUCCCCGGACCCAUGCCAGAGGAUAUCAUGGGGAUACGAGCUGAAGAAAUGGCUAAACAGUUUCGAGAGGACACAACCGUGCGCUUCCACAAAGCGGUGGACACGGAUCUCUCUGGCGACGAUGCGAUCAUUGCUUGGAGCAAGUGGAAUGCAUACUCGGAGGGCUUGCCGGUGCCAAAACCACGUGUCUGGGGACCAGGCUGCAACGAGGAGGCUUGCGCAGCGUUGUUCCAUGGCUUGGACCAUAUGCGUGUACGUUUGAUAGGUGGCAAGCCGGUCGUCUAUCUGCAUAUUUUGGUGACAGACCCUAAGCACCAAAGACGUGGAGCAGGGUGGCAGUUGAUGACACCUAUAGUGCAGGAAGCUGUUCGGUUGGGUGUUCCGGCGUAUCUUGAGUCUUCAGUCGCUGGCCAUCAUCUGUACCAAAAGGUCGGGUUCAAGGAUAUCGACGAGCACAAGGUGGAUUUUAGCAAGUAUGGCCUCUCGCAGCCUCACAUCAACUGGGCGAUGCUCUGGGAGCUUCCCAACAGGCGAUGUCCAUGAGCGCUCGGUCGAACGGUGGAUAUCCGAUGUUGGACAACUUGAGUAGAAGGAAUGGACCAACGGCUCGAGAGAUGAAUCCUCCUUGACGAUGAUCUCAUGGAAACAUGACAAAGUCCGAAGAGGAUGGUUUGAUAGGCGAGGCUGAUCGGAGACAAACACAUCCGUAGUAGUAUAUCUGAGGAAACGAAUGCACACUGCAGCCCUGUUGGGCCUCCCCGAUGCUGUAGAAGACGAGUGCAGGGACCUCAGCGGAAACACUGUGAAACUCACUGUCCGGCUCCACACUUUGGCCGGGCAUCCGGACAGUGUGAUUUACGUAAGAAGCACCGUCC